GCUGCAGCGUGUGUUCGUGCCCGCGCAGUGCUUCGCUGUCCCAGGCCUUGCAGGGGCUGCUCGCCCCUCGCAGGCAGGCCUGGCCCUAGGGGAGCCGGCUCAGUUGGCUGUUUGCCCUUGCGGCUGGUCCCAGUCCCCUGAGCUGAGUCCCGCAGGACGGUGGCAGCGACACGCGCUGAUGAAAGCUGCCUGCUGCGUGCUGUUGCUGUCCCUGUUGAUGGUCUCACUGCUCCGAACCGUGUAUCAGCGUUUCUUCUCCAUGGCGGCUGAAGCCUAUACCCCAGGGAGCCUGUCAGCUGCCUUCGUCACCUGCCCCAAUGAGAAAGUGGGCAAGGAGAUUGCAAGGGCGAUGGUAGAGAAGCACCUGGCUGCCUGUGUCAACAUCGUGCCUCAGAUCACAUCCAUAUACGAGUGGAAGGGGAAGAUCGAAGAGGACAGGGAGGUGCUGCUGAUCAUCAAAACCCGGAGUUCCCAGAUCCCAGCGCUGACCGACUUUGUCCGGUCGGUGCACCCAUACGAAGUAGCAGAGGUGAUUGCGCUGCCCAUCCAGCAGGGAAACGCACCAUAUCUGCAGUGGGUUGGGGAGACUGUGCCAGAGUGAGACCCCCCCUACCCCACAGCAGGGGACAGUCUGACCCUACCCUGCCUUAAUUCCCCUUGUCCUGAGACACCACAGGAAAAGGACUCACCCCCAUGGAAUUUUUUUGGGGGGGAUGGACCUGCAGCCAAUAAACUGCCCCCAACGCACCAA